CCUCAGACUUCCAGUGCUCCAGUGUUCUCCUCUUCCCUGUGAAAAGUCCUGUAGGAAGACCGACGAGGCACCACAUUUUGGCACUGUUCUCAGAAAGCGUGAAAAUAACAGCACACGAAGAAAUUACGAUUACCAAUUUCAAAGCAUUUUUAAGGACCCUGAUUGGAGUGUGCAGCCGAUGGCUUCCUGAACCCCAGCCUACCCCCCUCUCCCCCCUCCCCUAGACUGUAGUCGUCCCCACCGGGCAGAACCAUCGGCUCGGUGAUGAAUCACACGCCCAGCCCCCACAUGACCGAGGCCAGCGGCAAGUCCGGGUCGGGCCUCCUGUGCGGCCUGGGUCUGGGCCCGGACCGGGUGCGUUCUCCGGACAGCCUUACCCACACGCCCAGCCCCACAGGGGGCACCCCCAGCUCUAGCCCUCCCCUGCUGCUGUCGCCCGGCCUGGGCUGCGAGGGCCUGAGCCUGGGCAGCCUGGGGGGUGGCGGCGGCGGCGGGGACUGGGAGAGCCGCGAGGAGCUGCGCCUGCGGGAGCUGGAGGAGGCGCGUGCGCGGGCCGCCCAGAUGGAGAAGACCAUGCGCUGGUGGUCGGACUGCACGGCCAACUGGCGCGAGAAGUGGAGCAAGGUGCGGGCCGAGCGGAACCGGGCACGCGACGAGGUGCGGCAGCUGCGCCAGCGGCUGGACGCGCUGACCAAGGAGCUGACGGGCGCGCGGCGCGAACGCCAGGAGCUGGCCGCCGAGAACGAGCAGCUGCGGCAGGAGGCCCAGCGGCUCCGCGCCGAGCACGGCUGCACCGCCUCCUCCCCCUCCUCUUCCUCCGCGUCCUCCUCCCCACCCGUCGCCCCCGACAACAAGAGCCCCGCAGCGGGCGAAGGACUGGGCUCUCCGGAGCAGGAGCCGGUCAGAGACGUCAGCAACGACAAGCCGGAGCACAAGAAGGAGCUGGAGCUGCUGGAGGCGCUGCUGCGCUGUAAAGCGGCGGACGCUCUGGAGGGCUGGGACGCGCGUAGCGUUAGCAGUCUGCGCUCGGCUCUGAGCCGGCAGGACCGAGGUGGUGGGGGCGGUCGCCUGCAGCUGUGGGACGAGCUCUGCCCCCCGGAGGAGGAGCCUGGACGCAUCAACGCCCUGCAGCUGCGCCUGGACGAGUCCCAGAAGGUCCUGCUCAAGGAGAGAGAGGACAAACAGUCUCUGGGCAAGAGCAUCGAGAAGCUGGAGGCAGAGCUGAGCCAAUGGAAACUCAAGUAUGAGGAGCUGAGCAAGAGCAAGCAUGAGGCACUCAAACAGCUGAACUUGCUGAAGGAGGUGCACCAGGACGAGCUGGGCCGCAUGUCUGAAGACCUGGAGGAUGAACUGGGGGCGCGCAGCAGCAUGGACAAGAAGCUGGCCGAGCUCCGCGCAGAGAUGGAGCGUCUGCAGGUGGAGAACGCUGCUGAGUGGGGUCGGCGUGAGCGUCUGGAGACGGAGAAGCUGGCGCUGGAGCGGGAUAACAAGAAGCUGCGCGCCCAGAUGGAGGACCUGGAGGAGCAGCUGGCCCGUAAGCGCAGACAGGCCGCCACUGCCCUCGACUCCGACCUCAAGAGCAUCCAGGCCGAGCUGUUCGAGAGGAACAAGGAGCUGGGAGACCUGCGGCACAUCCACACCAAGCUGAAGAAGCAGUACCAGGAGAAGAUGGCGGAGCUGGCCCACGCCAACCGGCGGGUGGAUCAGCACGAGACCGAGGUCAAGAAGCUCCGGCUCCGCGUGGAGGAGCUCAAGAAGGAGCUUGGACAGGCUGAAGAUGAGCUGGAUGAAGCCCAUAACCAGAGCCGAAAGCUCCAGCGGUCCCUCGAUGAGCAGGUGGAACAGACAGAGAACCUCCAGGUCCAGCUGGAACAUUUGCAGUCCAGGCUGCGGCGACAGCAGAGUCCAGGGCUCUUUGGGAAGAUGAGGACGUCUGCUUCGGCUCGGUUCAGCACGGACAAUCCAGACGGACCCCCCAGCGACCAGGACGAGGAGGACGAAGAGCUGCAGAUUCAGAUCCCCUAAGAACAGAAUCAGCCAACCACUGGCCUGAGCUCUGUCCAGGCGAGGACUUAAGACUGACCACACCCAGCUCUGGGCUUGCAGCUCCUCACCAGAGCUCUUUUGGCCCAGUCCUUAGACAGGUGGACAGACAGACAGAAAGGCAUGUGUGGACUCAGAGUGGACUGGUUGAUGACCUCAAACUUACUGCCUUUUUGAAGCUGUGGCACCUCACAGCUGUGUGUUCCUGUCAGUACCCCCCCCCCGAACCCCCAGCUCCUCCACCACACACACACACACACACACACACACACACACACACACACACACACACACCGCUGGGAGGAGGACCCAGAGGAGCUGAGUACUGAGUGAUCAGCAGGACUGUGAAGGUGGUCAGUCUCUCUACCCCUACCAACACCACCACUCCAACCACCACCUGCUACCACUGUAACUCCAUCUACUGUACACCCCACCUUAUGCCACACACAUACACACACACACACACACACACACACACACACACACACACACACACCACAUCCCUCCAGCUCUCCUUCAUAACUAUCUCUCUAUAUUCUCUCUUUCCUCUGUGUCCGAGUGAACAACCUUCUUUGUCCUGCAUCCUUCAAACCUCACUUACUACGUUCUCCCUCCUACUCGACCCCACCAAUGACCUCUACAUCAUCCUCCUCAUCCUCACCAUCAUCAUCAUCAUCACCAUGCGUUCACAUCCUGCAUUUUGCUUCCCACUCGACCCAUCACUGUUCCACCAUAUUAUCACAUCCUCGUCCUCGUCUUCCUCCUCCUCAUAUUCAUCUUCUUCAUCCUCAUCCAGCGCAUCACAUCCUGCAUCCUGCCUCCCACUUAUCCUACCCUAUCACCAUAUCUUCAUCCUCCUCCUCCUCGUCUGUCCAUAGAUGUCCCUCCACUUGCUUACAUGUCCUGUCUGGAGGACUCCCAGGCCCUGGGCGGAUGCUGGACCCUCAGCAGUCAUGCUGUAGGAUACUCUCAGUGUGUAGAAUGGGAGCUCCAUAGAAAUGCCCUUGAGUGUCCUGCCGGUGCUGGUGUCCUGUCUCUCUCUGGUGUUACACCCCCCCCCCCCCCCCCCCAGCCCCAACUCCAUCCAUCCCUUUGCCGCAGGGUCCCUGUAUGUUUGUGUUUUGCUGUUGUGCUCGGGGAAAGUUAUUUUGAUGACAGUGACAGAUAUGUCAAACAAUCAAUCAGGCAAGCAUAACCUCCCAAAAACCACACACACAGAUAUAAGUCUCUCUCUCUCUCUCUCUCUCUCUCUCUCUCUAUCUCUUUCUCUUUCUCUCUCUCCCUCUCGCUCUCUGUCUCUCUCUCUCUCUCUCUCUCUCACUCGCGCGCGCGCGCACACACACACACACACACACACACACACACACACACACACACACACACACACACACACACACACACACACAGCCACACUCACACUUCCAGCAUAAAGCCUGUUGAUCAGGGGGAGAGUAUUAUCGACCACAGAAUAUUCAUGUGGACUUGGCCCUCUGAAAAGCAAUAAGAUCUGAAACAAACCCAACAGUUCUUCAGUUGCAGUGGGGACCAAGCUAUUUGUACCAACCAGUUGUUUUGAACUUUUAUUUAUCUGUUUAAUUUUUUACAUAAUAUGUCUGUAUUACAGUGUUUUGUAUUUAGCUUGAUCUAUAAAUGUUUAAUGUAUAUAUA